UUUUCAUUUCCUGACUCUGCUCCUUCAUCAACUCGUAAACACCACAACAAGAUCGUGAACUUGGCAGAUCGGUCAACCAUGAGAGAGUGGCAUUGGAAAUACCUCGAUGCCGAGAGCGACGCCUUCGAGACGGCGAGAUGCUCGGAGCUGAUCCUUGCUCUCGAAUCCGACGAGCUUGACGUCGACGCAAUUGAACGCCGCGUCCAACAGCUGACCAGGAAGGCUGAUAUUUCAAAUGGAUUUUGCGCAAGCUGCCGCAAUCUGUUCAAUCACUGGCCUGCCCUCGAUGAAAAGGAAUGGGACUCCGCCGUUCUGAGACACUUCAGCACGGAGGAGCUGGAAGCCUUCUCCCGCGCCGGAUGCAAGUUCUGCGCCUUCAUCAUGGGUAGGCUCCAGCACCACGAAGGUCUCCUUGAGAAAUUCCGCAAGAUUGAGGCAAGAUUCGAUGGGGAGCCCGAACCUGCCAGGUGUUCCUUGGCUGUUCAGAAUGUCGGGGAAGGCAUUGGAGAGAACGCGACGAGUCAGGCUCUCUGGGUAAACCUGCCUGGAAAGGAAGUCUCACACUGUAACUACGCUUGUGACCAGGAGCUGGCUGAUUUCGUAUCUGAAGUUCUUCCCAAAGAUGCCAAACUUUGGGACGAAGAUGUUGAGUCCUUGGACCUCGUCAAAACGUGGCUCUCCGACUGCGAUGAGGCUCACGAAAAGGAGUGCAGCAGCCGCAAGCCGCAAGAUGGGCCAGGCCGGCUUCUCUCCAUCCAAAACGACCCGGUCAAGUUGGUCGAGACGGCAUCGCUAGAAAGCCUUCCCCAGUAUGCUACUCUAACGUACCGCUGGGGAAAAGCUCCCUUUUUCAAACUGACACGAGAUACAUACGCCGAGCUUGUGGCCGGCAUUUCGCUUGAUCGCCUGCCACAGACAUUCCAGGACGCCGUUAUAGUCGCAAGACGCUUGGGACUAUCGCACAUCUGGAUCGAUGCCCUCUGCAUUAUACAAGACGAGCCUGAUCAAACGGAUUGGCUGAAAGAAUCUGGUCGAAUGAGAUCAGUUUACGGAGGCUCGCAUGUCACCAUUGCAGCAAGUUCGGCGACCGAUGUCUCUCAAGGAUUCUUAGCAUCUGCAUUGUCCCCCAAGUACCAAGGUGGCUUCUAUGCGCAGGUAUCCACCAACAAGUACACCAGAAAGCAGAACUUUCACAGCGCUGGGGUGUUUUUUGAAUCCAUUCUGCAGACCCCCCUGGCUGAGCGUGCUUGGGCUCUGGGGGAGAGGCUUCUUUCGCGUCGCACUGUCCAAUUCAGUGAGUACGGCGUCUUUUGGCAGUGCCAUGCUACAUCCCGAUCCGAAUUUAUCCCCGGCGGUUUUGGGGGACACCCAGGACCGACCCUCAUGUUUGCGGAUGAAGAGCCGCUGCCAUGGUUGGACGUCAUGUGCCAGUACUCUGAGGCUAAGCUCACAUAUGCAUCUGACCGACUGCCCGCAUUAUCUGGUAUUGCAGCACGCCAACACGAGAUUACUGGAGAUGAAUACUUGGCGGGCUUAUGGAAGAAGGAUUUGGUUCCCUCUUUGCUGUGGUUUAGCCUGGAUGCUGCUGAAAUGAAGGAGCGGCGUGCACCCAGCUGGACCUGGGCUUCCAUCGAUGGACCAUGCAGCGUCAAGGAAUUCACCAAGAAGGGCGGAAAGCCACAAGCAAGACUCUUGGAAUCAUGGACGAAGCUCCUUGGACCAGACACCUUUGGCGCCGUCACGGACGGUGAGAUCACGCUGGCUUGCCAGUCUCUUGUACCAGCCACCCUCGACCGUGGUGGCCCACAGAGCCCUGAUGCCGACUCUGACUCCCCUGAGCCACUCGGGACUAAGAAGCCCUCGAUUUCCAUCGAGAAGUCAAGUCUCGAGCCAUUUCCAGUAAAGUUGGAUUGUAUUGAACAAGAAGCAGCCAAGAGCGAGCCCGUAUACCUCCUUCCCAUCAUGGCUGGUCGUGUCUCCAUGUAUGUCGAUGAAGCCGAAGAGAUGAAAUGCGAGAACCCACACAUCGAGUUUGCUGGCCUUGUUCUUAGGUCUGUUGACAACAAGCCAGGCCAUUUUGUCCGUCUUGGUCUGUUUGGAUUUUCAAACCAACCAUGGGAGCCCGGAGUGGUGGGGAGAGACUUGUAUGCCGAUUUUAGUAGUGCUCUGGAGGAACGGGGUGAGGAGACAGCCAAGUCUGUUUGCUUGGAGACGAAGGAGGAUGCGGACUAUCCGAAGCAGCGAUUUGUGAUCAAGAUCAAGUGA